AUGAGCGGAUGGGUGGACGGGGGGGCCAUGGACCGUGAUUCACGAGCGCCUGGCGUCAUCACGUCUGUCUGUGCCGCUGCUGUCUGCCGCGGCGCGAUCUGCCUUCUCCCUUAUUGCGCCGGCUCCCCCUUCGAAUUUCCCCCAGUCCCUAUUCAUCACGGAGCCGUCGCUCGACCCCAUUGUCUGUUCUCGCUUCCACACGUCCUCCUCUCGCGGAACUGGCAGCCAAACUGCCGGUGGUCCGUGUGCUGCUGCCGCCAGGGUCGUCUUGGACCGCCCGCCGCUGCCCCCUGUCGCUGUCGCUGUGGCUGUCGCUGA